UUUAAAUCAAUUAUUUAUAGAUUGGUGAAAAUGGUUAUGAGUCUUAUGUUGACAGCCAUGCCGUUAUUUCUGCUAUUUGGAGUUUUUCUUCUCAUUAGUUUUUUUGCAUACAUUUUGAACUUUGCCGACACCAUUACCUACAUUUUAACAAUUCGACUAGUCAUUUUUGCAAUAAAUACUUUUUGCAUUAUGUCAUUGUUGUGUUGGAAUGGUCAACAACUGAUAGAUGUGACGAGCAAUAUUUUUUUUACUUUAGCUGCAGCUCCUUGGUACUAUUGGAAUCUUGAAAACAUAAAAAUCCUUUUGAUGUUUAUAACGAAUUGUACUAAGAAUGAGAGUAUUAUUUGUGUUGGGAUUUGUUUAGAUUGUACUAUGUUUGUCUCGAUGAUACGAAUUGCCGUCUCAUAUGCUCUAGUUUUGACUAAUCUUCGCAAAAAUAGUCUUUUUUAA